AUGGCUUCCAACACCGAACUCGGUCGAUGGAUCAGCGACAACAGUAUGCGUUUUUUCGGAAUGUCACAAUCUUCCAUUGUCGAUUUCAUCCAAGUUUCAGCAUCCUCUGCAGCGACGCCCAGCGAACUUUUUCAGAGUCUCGUUUCGGUCGGUUUGCCAUCUACCGAUGAAGCGCGCGGUUGGGUUGGGGAGUUGUAUGGACGUGUUCCUCGUGCUAGUCGGAGUUGGUCUCGGGUUGAGGCUGGUGGUAGGAUGGAGGAGAAAGAUGGUGGUGGGAAGCAAAGUAAGAAGAGGUAUGAAAUAUUGCGAGACGAUGAGGAUGGAGUUGAACAGUUGCAGAUUAGGCCGGAAAGGAGGAGGAGGAGGAAGGAGAAGAAAAGCGAUGUGAGUGGGGUGGAUGAAGGAGAUAGGGAUGGGGUUGAUGCAGGCAGAGACGACCGUUGGACUUGGACAUCUCGCUCUCCAGCAGCAGCAGCGUCGGAUCAUAGCGAUGUUGAAUCCGAACGAGAAGAUGCACGAGAACGAGCUCGUCUAAAAGAUCUAGCCGAACGAGACGAGUUUGCAAGGCGUAUGCGAGACAAGGACAAAAGCAGCACCCGUAAUGUUGUCGAGGACCGCACUUGUGCACGUCUCAAUCCUGAAGCAGCAGCAGCUCGUCGACUCCUAGCCGAAGAUGACGAUGCACGUUCAGCAGCAAUGCCGAGUCUUCGGGAUCGAUCAAGGCAAGAAUACUUAGCGAAACGUGCCCAGCAACGAAUGGAGCUUCUCAGGUUAGAGAUCCAGGAUGAAGAGCGAUUCUUCCGCGGUCUCAAAAUGACCAAACGGGAACAAAGAGAUUUGCAGUAUAAGAAGGAGGUCUUGCGCCUGGCUGAGGAAAGGGCAAGGAUUGAUGAUGGAAAUAUGGGUUAUGUUAUGCCUGAAGAUUAUAUUACGGAGAAGGGGAAGCUGGAUAGUGCGAAGAAGGAGCAAGCUCUCUACCAACGAUAUAACGACGCACGGUCGGAACGACUUGCCCAGCAAUCGCAUGUUAAUGAUGGGGAGCGGUUUGAGAAGGAGCAGAUUGAUCGGGCGCGCUACGUGGUGGAAGCUGCCAACGAAGCGAAGAAGGAGUUGGUGGAGCAAUACGACUACGUGUUUGACGAAAGUCAGACGAUUCAGUUUGUAGUCGAAUCGCAGAUGGCAGGUACAACGAGCAUGAGUGCCAAGGAUAAGUUGUUGCAACAACAGAUCGAUCAGGCUGAAACCAAAGCAGCGAAAAUGCAAGCGACUCGCGAAUCCUUACCCGUCUACGCCCUGCGAAAGGAGCUUCUCGAAGCUAUCGACGAACACCAGGUGCUCAUCGUCGUCGGUGAGACCGGAUCCGGAAAGACGACGCAGCUGCCUCAAUUCCUGCACGAAGCAGGAUACACGAAGAAGGGGCAAAAAGUGGCAUGUACACAACCGCGUCGAGUAGCAGCGAUGAGUGUCGCUGCACGUGUUGCGGAAGAGAUGGGUGUACGGCUGGGACGCGAGUGCGGUUACAGCAUCCGUUUCGAAGACUGUACUUCGGAGGAUACGGUGAUCAAAUAUAUGACGGACGGUAUGCUUUUGCGCGAGUUCCUGACCGAACCCGAUCUGAACUCGUAUUCGGCGCUGAUCAUUGACGAGGCACACGAACGUACUCUUAGUACGGAUGUGCUUUUUGGACUGGUCAAGGAUAUUGCACGUUUCCGACCGGAUCUUAAGCUUCUCAUUUCGAGUGCGACACUGGAUGCAGACAAGUUUAGCGAAUUCUUUGACGAUGCUCCCAUUUUCAACGUUCCGGGACGAAGAUAUCCAGUUGAUGUUCACUACACUCGUCAACCAGAGGCCAACUAUUUGCACGCAGCCAUAACGACGGUUUUUCAGAUCCAUACUACUCAGGGUCCCGGCGAUAUUCUGGUGUUUUUGACAGGUCAAGACGAAAUCGAUGCGGCGAUGGAAAACGUGCAAGAAACUGGACGAGCUUUGGGGAAUAAGAUGGCAGAGUUGAUUGUCUGUCCGAUUUAUGCCAACCUGCCGAGCGAGAUGCAGGCCAGGAUCUUCGAACGCACACCAGAAGGUGCAAGGAAGGUGGUGUUGGCGACCAACAUUGCCGAGACGUCGAUUACGAUUGAUGGGGUGGUGUUUGUGAUUGAUCCUGGAUUUGUUAAGCAGAACUCGUACAAUCCGCGGACUGGUAUGUCUUCGUUGACGGUGGUGCCUUGUUCGAGAGCGUCGGCGAAUCAACGGGCUGGACGUGCUGGACGGGUUGGGCCAGGGAAAUGCUUUAGACUGUUUACCAAAUGGGCUUUUAAGAACGAGAUGGACGAAAACACAAGGCCCGAAAUCCAAAGGACCAACUUGGCAAACGUAGUUCUGCUGCUCAAAUCGUUGGGUAUCAAUGAUUUGCUCAACUUUGAUUUCUUGGAUCCGCCUCCAUCGGAUACACUCAUGCGAUCUUUCGAGCUGCUGUACGCGCUGGGAGCGCUCAACGAUAAGGGCGAGCUGACCAAGUUGGGACGCAGAAUGGCAGAGUUUCCCGUGGAUCCUCAGUUGUCGAAAGCGAUUUUGGCAUCCGAGAGGUACAGGUGUACGGAAGAAGUGCUUUCGAUCGUAUCCAUGCUUUCCGAGUCUUCGGCGCUCUUCUUUCGACCGAAGGAUAAGAAGAUGCACGCGGACCGUGCCCGUGCAGCUUUUGUGCGCAGCGGAGGAGACCAUUUCACCUUGCUCAACGUCUGGGAGGAAUGGGUUCAGAGCAACUACGAUCACCAGUUCUGUAUGCAAAACUUCCUCCAACCCAAGGUGCUAGCGAGAGUUCGAGACGUUCGAGACCAGCUAGCUCAGCUUUGCGAACGUGUCGAGCUGAUACCUGAGUCGAAUGCGGAUCACUCGGAUAUCUCUGGUAUCCAACGCUCCAUUCUGGCUGGAUACUUUAUGAACACAGCACGGAUGCAGAAAGGCGGCGAAGCAUACAGAUCGAUCAAACAGAACACCACAGUCUACAUCCAUCCUUCAAGUUGUCUCUACAAGCAAAUGCCACAAGCACACUUUCUCUGCUAUUUUGAACUCGUCGAGACGAGCAAGAACUUUAUGCGACAGGUAAUGCAGAUCAAGCCCGAAUGGUUGUUACAGGUCGCUAAACAUUACUUCACCAAACAAGACGUACAGGAUGAUAGCAAGAAUAAGGUGUACAAGGGCAUCACUGCCAGUGCUGCUGAUUUGGCUAGGGGCACACAAGGCAGGUAG